AUGUCCCAGGAAGCUACUGCCAACCCCAAGAACGAGAGUCUCAAUGGCGGCCGCAUCCCCUACGAUGUCAACGCCGCCACCGUCCCUGCCGGUCUGCGCGCUGCCGCCGCCCUGGCCGAGGCUGGCUUCUCCCCGAUCACCCGGACUAGGCGAAGAAGGCGACGGACGCUGUCUAGAUCUACGCAGACGAAUGCGCUGGAGGUCUUCGAGGUUGCUGUUAAGGAGGAGGAAGCACGAAAGCUUGUUGAUAAGUACAUCUGCGACGAUGGUUUCCCCUUCUCCUCGCACAGCGACAACAUCACCGAGGACGUCAGGCUUUACAGCGUCGUGCUGGAGGGAAAUCAUAACCAGCGCCAUGUCCGCUUUCAACACUGCCUCCACCACUUUUUGCUCAGCACUAUCGAACAAGCGCAGCUCACCGCCUUCGUCUCUCAAACCGCCGAUCACAUCCUCGCCCCGUACCCUAUAGGCCUGACCACCGACACGAGUCUUUUGGUCGCCAGCCCGGCCGUCGGCAAUGACCCCAUCUAUGCCGCCAACGUGACCAACUCCGCCUACCACGGCACCAUCGUCUAG